AUGCAUAUCUUUGUCAAGACCCCCACCGGCAUGACAAUCCGCCUCAAGGUCCACUCAUCAGACAUCCUGUACACCGUCAAGGCAAAGAUCCAGCAGCACUACCGCCUCGUCUUUGACGGGGUGCGGCUAGAAGACAACCGUACAUUGGCCCAUUAUGGCAUCCAGCAUGACUCUACGAUUGACCUCCAGGAAAAGUUGCAAAUCUACGUGACGAAGACGCGGGGUGGCAGGACCAUCGCCCUCGAGGUCAACAGCCUAGACACCAUCGGCAACGUGAAGUCCAAGAUCGAAAAGAUGGAGGGCUAUCCCAAGGGCCAGCAAUGCAUCAUCUUUGCCAACAAACAGCUGGAGAACGACAACCGCACCUUGGCUGACCACAACAUCUGGAAGGAGUCCACCCUUCUCCUUGUCCUCCGCCCGUGUAGGCCAGCAGAAAGUAGGAUAAUGCAGAUCUUUGUCAAGAACCUGGAAGGGAAGACCCUCACCCUUGAGGUCGGGCAAUCAGACACAAUCAACAGUGUCAAGGUGAAGAUCUACGAGAAGGACGCCAUUCCCCCUAGACAGCGGCGCAUCAUUUUUGCUGGCAAUCAGCUGGAGGACCACCACACCCUGGCGGACUACAAAAUUGACAGCAAAUCUACCCUUCAUUUGAUGCUUCGCCUUUGUGGCUGCUGA